GGCACGUAGAGACUAUCAGGAAUAUCCCUAGUGAAACGGCCUGAAGCCAGAAGCGUUCCCUCCCAUAACGUGACUUCCCCUAACGUGAGAAUGAACGUAGCACACCCUCCGACCGUCACCUGACCCUGGGGCACUGAACGAAAAGUACCGCCUCAGCCAACAUUUUAUCCAAUCACAGCUUUGUGGCAAGUCUGAUGAGUGUUUUCUCCAAUCACCGCCGAGGUGCGAGGGGGUUGUCGGGAUGGUGGCCGUAGCUAACAUGGAGCCCUUGGUAGGAUGAGAGUGAGAUUGCCGUUGCCCAUUGUUCCUGUCUUACUGCCUCAUCAUGUUGGUGCACUUAUUUCGGGUCGGAAUUCGGGGUGGUCCAUUUCCAGGCUGGUCGCUACAAUCCUUGCGCUUCCAGACAUUCUCGGCCGCCAGGUCUUCAGAUGACCGAUUCAGCUCACGCCUCCUCCAAGCAGUGGCCCAGCUCCGGUCACAGCUCCGGACUCAUCUCCCUCAAGUCCCACCAGCUUCCCGACGGAGCCCCUCUGCCUGGUGUUGGGUUGGGGGAACCUUGGUGGUUCCUGCAGUGCUGUGGCAGCAUCCCCGCCUCUGCCUUGUAGCACUGUGUGAAGCCGAAGGAUCCCGUCCUGCCCAGCACACACCCAGUGCCCAGGAGCUGCGCUUUAACUGGAAGCUGUUCUGGCAUUUCCUUCACCCCCACCUGCUGGCCCUGGGGGUAGCCAUUGUGCUGGCCUUGGGUGCGGCACUAGUGAAUGUGCAGAUCCCCCUGCUCCUGGGCCAGCUGGUGGAGAUUGUGGCCAAGUACAUGAGGGACCGUGUGGGGAGUUUCAUGUCUGAGUCCCGUAGGCUCAGUACCCAGCUGCUCCUACUCUACGGUGUUCAGGGAUUGAUGACCUUCGGAUACCUACUGCUGCUGUCCCACAUUGGUGAGCGCAUGGCCAUGGACAUGCGGAGAGCCCUUUUCAGCUCCCUGCUCCGGCAAGACAUUGCUUUCUUUGAUGCCAAAAAGACAGGGCAGCUAGUGAGCCGCUUGACUACCGACGUGCAAGAAUUCAAGUCAUCCUUCAAGCUUGUCAUCUCCCAGGGACUGCGCAGUUGUACCCAAGUGAUUGGUAGCCUGGUGUCCCUGUCUAUGCUGUCCCCACGCCUCACGCUGCUGCUGGCUGUCGCCACGCCUGCCCUCAUGGGAGUGGGCACCCUGAUGGGCUCAGGGCUCCGAAAGUUGUCUCGCCAGUGUCAGGAGCAGAUUGCCAGGGCCACAGGCGUGGCAGACGAGGCCCUAGGCAAUGUUCGGACUGUGCGGGCCUUUGCUAUGGAGCAGAGGGAAGAGGAACGCUAUCAAACAGAGCUGGAGUCAUGCCGCUGUAAGGCAGAAGAGCUGGGCAGGGGCAUUGCCUUGUUCCAAGGGCUCUCCAACAUCGCUUUUAACUGUAUGGUCUUGGGCACCCUGUUCAUUGGGGGCUCCCUUGUGGCUGGACAGCAGCUGAGAGGGGGAGACCUCAUGUCCUUCCUGGUGGCUUCCCAGACGGUCCAAAGGUCUAUGGCCAGUCUCUCUGUCCUGUUUGGUCAGGUGGUACGUGGACUGAGUGCAGGUGCCCGCGUCUUUGAGUACAUGGCCCUGAGCCCCUGCAUCCCAUUGACAGGGGGCUACUGCAUCCCCAGCAAGGACCUUCAUGGCUCCAUCACCUUCCAGAAUGUCAGCUUCAGCUACCCCUGCCGCCCUGGCUUCGAGGUGCUCAAGGACUUCACCCUAACGCUGCCACCUGGCAAGAUUGUGGCCCUUGUGGGCCAGUCUGGGGGAGGAAAGACCACAGUGGCUUCCCUGCUGGAGCGCUUCUAUGACCCCACAGCUGGCAUGGUGAUGCUGGAUGGGCACGACCUGCGUACUCUCAACCCCUCCUGGCUCCGGGGCCAGGUCAUCGGCUUCAUCAGCCAGGAGCCAGUCUUAUUUGGAACAACCAUCAUGGAGAAUAUCCGAUUUGGGAAAGUGGACGCUUCUGAUGAAGAGGUGUAUACAGCUGCAAGAGAAGCCAAUGCCCACGAGUUCAUCAGCAGCUUCCCUGAUGGCUACAAUACCGUGGUUGGUGAGCGGGGCACAACCUUGUCUGGUGGUCAGAAGCAGCGCCUAGCCAUCGCACGAGCCCUCAUCAAGCAUCCCACUGUGUUGAUCCUGGACGAGGCAACCAGUGCCCUAGACGCAGAGUCUGAAAGGGUAGUGCAGGAGGCACUGGACCGGGCCAGCGCUGGUCGCACCGUGUUAGUCAUUGCCCACAGGCUCAGUACUGUUCGUGCGGCCCACUGCAUCGUCGUCAUGGCCAAUGGCCAAGUCUGUGAGGCCGGGACCCACGAAGAACUCCUUAAAAAGGGCGGGCUGUAUGCAGAGCUUAUCCGGAGACAAGCCCUGGAUGCUCCACUGACCUCAGGCCCCACCUGCAGAGAAGCCUGAAGACCCCAGGAGCCCCCAGUGGAAAGCCUGAGAGACCCCCUGGGGUCAGGUCACUGCUGAGAAUGAGAACCAUCUGGGGCUGGAGCUCUGCUGGGGACAGAGCUCUUACAGGGCCAGUGUGGGGUGUAGCCUGCUCUCCUGCUCCCUUAAAGUAUCUGGGCCUAGCAGCUGCGGUGGGAAGGUGACUUUCCUCCCACCUGUCCUGGCUCAGCUCUGUGAUUACUGUGAUGUACAUGGUGAGGCAGUCCCUGAGGCACCUCUGCUUGACUCUUUCCCUCUGCCCCAGUCCUGCCCAGCACUCUAAGGUUAUUCAGGCCCUCACUGCGGGGACUGAAAAUUCAUGGUCUGGCCAGGCCUGGUAGAAUGGGUUGUAAUUCAGGCUCUUGGGAGACUAAAGUAGGAGGCUCGAGGGGUUCAAGGCCAUCCAGGCUAUAUAGUGAGAUCCUGUCUCAAAUAAAUCCUAAAUAGGUAAAUAUAAUAAAAGACAAUUUUAAAAGAG